AUGACCCAAGAUGCGACCGUGCAAAGUCUGCUCACCGUCAUAAUCACCACUUCCCCAACUCCAUCUGCACCCUCCACCGAGCUUAUAUCUACGAUUCUAGACUCUUUCGAUCGACAUUGUCCAGAACUGACAAAAUGCAACGUCAUUGUCGUCUUUGAUUCGUUUGAUCAGAUCGUUCCCACAGCGCGAUUAAAGAAAGGACAAGUCACACCUCAGCAAGCAGCUGCUUUUACUGCCUACAAGAAGAAUGUCAAGGACUUGAUACUCAAAAAAUAUCAUCAUGAUGCUGUCGUCACUUUCACAGAAACAGAUGCUAUAGCAGAGUACGGAAGCCCGAAACAUGAGAAUGCGGUCCACUACAAGAUAUCCCAAACAACUGACCAGCGAGUCACGUUCAUCGAAUCAUCAAGACGGUUGGGCUUCGGCCUGGCAGUCAGAUCCGCUCUGAGAAUCACCCAGACUCCCUAUGUCUGGGUCCAGCAACAUGACUGGGCCAUAACAGCACAUCUCCCCAUCCAACCUCUUCUCCAAAUCAUGCAAAGCCACGAAUCAGACCCAGAAGCACCCAUCAAAUACGUCUGUCUGGCAGCAGUACGUAUGCUUUCAUACGCCUCAUCUGCAAUCGUGUCAGAGUUCCCCAGCCUCCGUGAUACUUCGUUGGCUCUCACUCGCGACUACGAAGCACCGUCACAUGCUGGCAAAAUACCACUAACGCCAAUGUAUUUCUGGCAUGACAAGCCACAUCUUGCAUCAGUGGCUCAUUACCUGGAACGUGUCUUCCCCACGCGUCUGGCUAUGCUACGUGGAGAUUUCAUUGAAGACAAGAUUGGGCAACGAGCUCGUGCUCAAAUGAAAGAUGGACAAUGGAAGAAAUGGGCGACUUGGCUUUACUACCCUGAUGAAGGCAAGACACUAUGCUUGAGGCAUCUCAAGGGGCGGACCUGGGAGGGAACGACGCGUCAAGCGGAUAGAGCUGCCAUGUGGCGCAAGAAGAACGAAGCGGGGAAGAUUAUAGAGACGGUAGAUUUGCAUGAGGCGGAUGGGAGUCAUGAUAUAUCCCUGUUCUCAGAUGAAGAGGUACCGACCUCAUGA